AUGACUGAUAACAAUAACUUCGGGCUGCCACCACAAAAAGAGCUCGAUGUUCAGAAAAAAUGGCUCGCGGAGAUCGAUAAGAUGUUCAAGUCAUACAAAUCCUACACUCCUGACAAAAGACUUAUCAACUACUUUCUCGAAACAGACUUCGAUUUCGAAAUUUACGAGUAUUAUGCAUAUGAUCUGACUUUGGACGCAAUGUCUUGCUUUCAAGCAGGAAUUACACAACCUAAACAAGAGUUUAACGUCGAUUACUUUCGUUGCCUUCGCAAAUUGUACAUGAUCUGCCCAGAGGCGAAUAAAAUCACUUUCCAAAGAGAAUUCGUGAAAGAGUGGCAAUACUAUUCUGUGGACCAUUCUCCUUAUUUUGAAACUAUCGUUGUAGAUUUUCAUUCGACACUAGCUGAGCUUAUCGAUCUGAUCUGUGAAGACUGUGCCACUGUUGAGAAGAGCGUCUCAAAAGAGUUCCGCUGGUUGUUGCUCGUGUCGCCUGUUACGGUUCUACUCAAGCUUUUCGCCCGCGUUAUUAAAAAUCCGUCGAUGAUCGACUUCACUCUCCAAAUAUGCAGCAGUGUCGAUACACUAUUUCAUGAUCGUCUCCUCAAAAUCUUUCACAACGAAUUUGAAACUGACAAGGUCGAGUCGUUGCUGGCCGUUGUUUUCCGUCGCUUCGUCUGCUGUUGUCGGUGUGAAGCGACUGGUGAGACAGAAUGGGAGAAUCUCGGAAAACUGGCGAUAGAGUUGUGCAAGGGAGAAAAGCCACUAUUCAAUUCGUGGCUGCUUCUCGAUGUUGUGUUGAACGAGAUCUACACCUCAAAUCGCGUCCCAACAAAAUCGGUCGAAGUUUUGACCAAAUUGGCUGCAGAUAUUCUGGCACCCGAAAACCAGACGCCAAUGAUUUUUGAAUUUACGAGCUCGGUCAGAACUAAACCAGAGAAACGGGUUCUGUUGGCACCAUCGAUCAUUGACAUGCUUCUGAAAUUGAUGACGGAGUACAAUCAAAUGUCUCCGAAGAUCGUCAACAAUUGUAAGGAAAUGUUGAGAGGAAUAUCAGUCAGGAUGCGCAAACAAAAUGUGGAUUUCGACGAGGAAACCAGUUCUUACAUUCUGAAACGGCUCAAUGGAAUGCCAUGGUGGGUGGAGUACACCAUGUGCACUUGGAUUGACGCAUUGAACGUCGAAAAGAGACGUAUUCCGGAGGUGGUUUUCAAAGUUAUUUAUCCGGAGACAGUUGAGAAGGAGCAGGAAGAAGAAGAGAGAAAGUACGAUACUGCUGAUGAAACUUCUGACAACGAGGAGCAGGGAACACAACAGGAAAAUCAACGAAGUGAAUUUGAGAAGUUCCACCUUAUCAAAUCAGAAGAGCCAAUCACUGGUGACAACAUACCUGCCGCCUAUAUUCGUUCUAUCAUAGAACUUGGUCUUUUCGAUGCAGAAAGCGUUCUCGAGCUUCUACAUACUAAGACAAAUCUUAGUUUCGAGCUCUUCGAUUUGAAGGAAGUCGUGAAGAACACGCUCAAAGCGUGUUAUCUGAAGAAAAUGGGAAUGAGCCAAUUGGAGAAUGUACGGAUAGUUGUGAUGCAGGUUCUGGAGGUCUUCGACAAUUCUUCUGUAGAUGAUCAUGAAAACAUCACCAGAUCGCUUGCUGACUCAUUGCCAGUUCCAGUUCCGAAGGAAGACUUUCCAAAAUGGACUCACAAUAUUAAAAAGUCAAUAAUCAUUCCACCACUCGUCGAAUCGACUGAAAAACCGAAUGCUUCAUGGCCACCAAACGAAGACAGCAAGACUAUUUCCAAAGGAAAGCUUGGUGCCGAAGUGAGAAAAAUCCGAGCCGGUCAAAGACUUGAACGUGAAAAGCUGAUGCGUCUUGCUCUCGCCAAGACUGAGAAUCUCUACAGCAAGUAUCGAGACAGUUGGGUGGACAACCGAGAAAUCACGGAGUGGGGAUGCUCUUCAACUCCACACAAUGUUCCAUUUUUCGGUGCGAUGAACAAGACAAAAAAGAGUAUGUACAAACACGUUGAAAAAUACGAAGAUUUGUCUCCUAUGGGAACGGCUAUUGCUACUCCGGUAAAGAAGGAACUCAUCGAUGCUACACAACAAUCGGAGUACGGAAUGGAUCGUAUGGAACCCAACGGCUCGAUUAAUGACCGAUUCGCAUCUCUGCGACGUGGAGGACCGAAUCAAGUAUUCGGUGGAAGCGCAAAGCGAGGAGGACGCCUUUAA